UAUUGAGAAAAGCACUUAGGUUUCAUGCUAUUGAGAACACUUAUGACUACUAUUUGCUUCACAAUUCAUCUAAGAGACUGACAGCUCAUUGCAAGUAUAAGUGUAGACCAUGGGACAAGCAGCAUGGGAAGAUUGUGAAGUGUGUGUGAUGAUGAAAGUAAGUGUAAGUUUAAGGUGUAUGCAGUGAGUUUGCCAAGGGAGAUGACAAUGCAAAUAAAAACUCUAGACCUUGAGCAUACUUGUGGUCAUGUUGAUGCAAAUAGUAAAGUGUCAUCUGAGUGGUUGGCAGAGAAGUAUAUAAAUUACUUCAGAGAUGACCAAGGUGAAAGGCUAAAAAAAUUCAUACAUAAGGUGUUCACUGACACAGGGGUGACAAUUGGGUACCAUAGAGCUUGGUUUGCAAGGGUUAGGGCUAAGCUAAGCAUAUAUGGUGAUGCAUCUGAUCAGUACAAAAGGGUGUAUGAUUAUGCUAGUGCAAUCCUGAAAUACAACCCAGGAUCAUCAGCCCUUGUAUCAGUGACUGGAGCACAAAAUCCACCUCCAACAUUUCAGAGAAUGUAUGUGUGCAUGGAGGCUUGUAAGGUAGGAUUUACAGAGGGUUGCAGACCUCUUAUUGGUAUUGAUGGAUGUCAUCUCAAGGGAGCAUACCCUGGCAUGAUAUUGGCAGCAGUGGCUAAGGAUGGCAAUAACAACAUAUUCCCAGUGGCAUGGGCUGUUGUUGAGGUUGAAGAUAAGCAAAGUUGGAGAUGGUUCUUGGAGCUUUUGAUUAAUGACAUAGGAUUCCACAAUGGAGAGGGCUUGACUGUUAUGUCUGACAGACAAAAGGGAUUAAUUGAUGCUGUUGAAACAGUUUGCCCAAAAGCUGAGGUCAGAUUUUGUGUAAGACACAUUUGGGCAAACUUCAAGCUUCAAUUUUCUGGUACAGCAUUCAAAGAGUCAUUUUGGAGAGCAGUUAGGACAAGUUCAAGGUUUACUUUCAUAGCUGAGAUGGCAGCUAUCAAGUUCCUCUCCCAAGAUGCAUAUAACUACUUAGCUGCAAUUCCUCCCAAAUAUUGGGCUAGACAUGCCUUCCUUACUAGGUCAAAGUCAAAUUUGUUGCUUAACAACCUCUGUGAGACUUUUAACUCAGUAAUCAAGGAAGCAAGGGAUAAACCAAUCAUCCAUGCCUUGAAUGGAUAA